UUUAGAUGCAAUCUAAAGAGAGAAAACUAAAAAUGCCUUGGCUGUUUAUGUGGCACACCGCUUCAACUGAAAUAAAGACGUGUGAGCUGGCAGACAGCAAAGAUCACCGAAAAAAGACAAAGGCUUUGUUUUCUGCAGAAGAGGUUAUCCAGUGGUCCCAGUCCCUAGAAAAGCUUUUGGCAACCCAAUGUGGUCAAGAAGUAUUCAGAGAAUUUUUGAAAUCAGAAUUCAGUGAUGAAAAUAUUGAGUUUUGGCUGGCAUGUGAAGACUAUAAGAAAACACAGGCUGGUCGUUUACAAGGCAAAGCAGAAAAGAUUUAUCAAGAGUUUGUCAAGUCAGAUGCCAGAAAACAAGUCAACCUUGACUUUCACAUAAGAAAAUCUGUAGCCAAGAAGAUUCAAGAUCCCACACCUUCAAGUUUUGAUGAGGCUCAGAGACUUGUGUAUGUAUUGAUGGAGAGAGACUCUUAUCCAAGAUUCCUUAAAUCUCAACAUUACCAUAACUUUCUAAACAAGGUUCAAAGCAACCAUCUCAAGUGACAACUGAGGAUCAGCUCUGAAGCUUCGAGAGUUGCUGUGCUUCAAUAUACUAAGUGGGACUGUUGGAACUAAGAUGGCAAGGAAAUGAUAGAACUCUUAAAACAAGAGAUAGUCUGCAAACUAGCAAGACGAAGUGUCUGGAACAUCCCUUUAUAAGGAGAAAGAAGACAGAAUAAAAGAAAGAGAGGCAAUGCUGUCUUGAUACUGAUCAGCUAAGGUUCACUCUACACACACACACACACACACACAUCUAAUAUUCUUUCACAUCACACUUAUCAAAUGUUGUGAACAAAAAAGUUUUGAGUUUAAUCGCACAGCUAUCAAGACAAAUUUUAGGAAGUUUACAUUCUGUGCAUUAUUUCUUUCUUAAGCAUUUUAUUUUGUAGAGCUAGAUGUAUGACCUUGAAAGGUAUUGCUUUGAGGUAUAAGGAGUAUAAUGAGUGCAAAGUUGUGCUUUCAUUUUAUGCUCCAUGGUUUAGGGAAAUUGAUGCAAAUCAUACUUGCAUAGAUUCAAGAGAUAAACAUGUAUAUAUGAACAAUGCCAAAGUUGAUCUAGGCUUUACAAAUAAGUUUUGAAUUUAGCACAGAUCAUUAACAGAUAUUGCAUUAUUUAUUCAUGAUAAAUUUUAGGAAGUAGGAUAUUCUUCAAGACAAUUUGUCAUGGUCACCAUGGCAUAUAAUCAGUCCAAACCUUCUGUGAAAGAAUUUGGAAAACAAUCUGGUAUUCACAACAACCUUGACUAAUUAUAUUUGGCAGUCAGUCAAAGGUCUCUCUCCAUCGCACCCACCCUCCAUCCCUGGGAUUACAAAACCAUGGAGUUUUUCCAAGCAUAGCAGGCUGUAAUAUCUAUCUAGUCAGCUGGGGCAAUUUCUUGGGAUGCUGUGUUAAAUCUAACUCAUACUGACAAUAUGUGGUCAUCCCUAGAGGCACAAAAGCCUAUGGCUAAAAAAGUAAGUGGCCCCUUAUGCAUUGCUUCAAAUGAAAAAAAAAAAAGCUCAUUAUCCCAAAAGAGGACAGGAAAGGGUACUGAUUUUAUAUGCUAUAAUUCAAUAAAAUAUUUCUCUGCUAGUGACAAACGUGCUUGCACAAUCUGGUGUGUGGAUUGUUGGUGAUGAUGAUAAGCUAUUUCAAGUCUCCUGCUCUUCCUUCUAUGGGUACUUUCUCUUUCAAGAGAGGAUACUUUCAAAGUUAGAUCUGGCCUCUGUAAAAUCAGACACAUGGCCUCAUUCCCAACUAACUCCCUGCAAAGCUGAACUGUGAUUUAUUGGUUUGUUCUUUUAUUAGCUGGACCCUGAAUUCAAACAAUACUGGACUGAUAUAUUUCCAGUCAGUCUUACUGUUUUUUAUUGUUGUUGUUUUGCAACUGAUUAAGAGGCAAAUAGUGGAAGUAUAUCCCAUCAGAAUAUUGUCACUCCUUUAGUUCAAAUUUAUUGAAACUCAUUAAAACUAUGGGGAAUGGAGGAAAGUAUAUUCAAAAUAGACUUGUCCAGAUACCACUCUGCUUGCAGGCGAGAUGACAGGUGGUUGGCCACCCCACAAAUAAGCUGAACUGAUCUUUCAACAGCUUUGGAUCCUACAACUAGUGAAUUUAAGGAAAGUUCAUGGGAUGAAAGUAAAUAAACUCUAGAUGCACAGAAACAUACAUAAUCACACACACUUGCUCACAGAUUGUCAUAUUGCUAUGAAUAAUGUGUUUGUGGUUGAAGGUUUUGGAGUAAAGUUCACAUGAUUUGGGGACUUUCUUCCCCAAUUGUCUACAUUCAUCUUUCCACAUUGUUCUGAAGAGCCUCCUUACGUUUCAUAAGGGAUUCAAAAAGAAAGUUGCUACAAAGAGGAGAAAGAGGCAGAACACCUUUAUGUCUAUGGGCUGGAACAAACUGCCUUAAUUUAGCUCAUAUCCAAUUCAUUAUGUUUAGAGAUGUUAACCCUUGCUCUUAAAAUAAGUAUUAUUUCCCCCAGUAUAUCUCAUUAAAUAUAUACCGUAUGUAUUCGGAUAUCCAUGGUUUAUAAAUACUGAGUGUAUUAUUUGCUUCUGUAAAUAUUGAUAGACUGGUUCUUGAUUUUCUGGAAAUAUAAGCUAAUAUUUAAAUAAGUAUGUAUCAUCUAUGUGUAAGUGAUAUUAAUAUUUUGUCAUUGCAAAUUGUAAGCUAUAACUAAUGACCACCGAAUUAAAAUAUAUUGUAUUAAAAUAUAUAUUGUAAUCAUUUGUGCUUCAGUAACUA